AUGAAAUCACGCUUCACAUCCUUAGCGACUCGCACCCUCAAAUCUACAUCCACCAAAGCCAGAAAUCGCAAUUUCUCCUCCUCUACAAUCGAUUCCUCCACCAAACAACCCCCACAAUUCCCGCAGACCCUAGCUGGUCUGCGCGCUCGAUUAGCCGCCGAAUCCCCUACGCUCUCCGACUUCGCACACCUCCAAUCCAACAACACUUACUCCGUCGAAGUUGGAACCAAAAAGAAACCACUCGCAAAACCUAAAUGGAUGAGAGAAGCCAUUCCGGGCGGCGAAAAGUACGUUCAGAUUAAGAAGAAAUUGAGAGAAUUGAAACUCCAUACUGUUUGCGAAGAAGCUAAAUGCCCUAAUUUGGGGGAGUGCUGGUCCGGUGGCGAAACCGGAACUGCCACUGCUACGAUUAUGAUUCUCGGCGAUACUUGUACUCGUGGCUGCCGGUUUUGUAAUGUGAAAACGUCGCGGACGCCUCCUCCGCCUGAUCCGAAUGAGCCGACUAAUGUGGCUGAGGCAAUUGCGUCGUGGGGUUUGGAUUAUGUUGUGAUUACGAGUGUGGAUCGUGAUGAUUUGGCUGAUCAAGGGAGUGGUCAUUUUGCGGAGACUGUGCAGAAGUUGAAGACACUCAAGCCAAACAUGUUGAUAGAAGCCUUGGUUCCUGAUUUUCGAGGAGACCGUGGUUGCGUGGAGAAAGUUGUUACAUCAGGACUGGAUGUGUUUGCUCACAACAUUGAAACAGUUGAAGAACUUCAAAGUUCUGUUCGAGAUCAUCGUGCUAAUUUUAAGCAAUCUUUAGAUGUAUUGAUGAUGGCUAAAAAAUAUGCUCCAGCUGGGACACUGACCAAGACUUCAAUAAUGUUGGGCUGUGGGGAAACGCCUGAACAAGUUGUGAAAACAAUGGAGAAGGUGAGAGCAGCAGGUAUUGAUGUGAUGACGUUUGGCCAGUAUAUGAGACCAUCCAAACGUCAUAUGCCAGUAUCUGAAUACAUUACACCGGAUGCUUUCGAGAAGUACAGAACACUUGGCAUGGAAAUGGGAUUUCGGUAUGUGGCAUCUGGUCCCAUGGUUAGGUCAUCGUACAAAGCAGGCGAAUUCUACAUCAAAUCCAUGAUAGAAUCUGAUCGGUCUGCUUCGUCACAGCUUCCUAUCUCCUGA